AUGAUUGAGGACAAAUACAUCGGCCUCUCUUUGGCCAUUUCAUCUGCCCUGGCGAUUGGCACGAGCUUUGUCAUCACCAAAAAGGGCUUGAUGCAAGCCGAGGAAAGACACGGUUUUGAAGGCGAUGGCUACGUCUACCUGCGCAAUCCCCUCUGGUGGGCUGGUAUCGCAACUCUUGGAAUCGGAGAAAUCUGCAAUUUCGCUGCCUACGCCUUUGCGCCAGCUAUUCUUGUCACCCCUCUCGGCGCUCUCUCCGUUCUCAUCGGCGCAGUCCUCGGCUCAUAUUUCCUCAAAGAAGAACUCGGUAUACUGGGCAAGCUGGGAAGUGCCAUUUGCCUGAUUGGCGCUGUAGUCAUUGUCCUUCAUGCGCCGCCUGAUGAAGAGAUUGAGACUAUCGAUCAGAUUCUCCACUACGCUGUGCAACCUGGCUUCCUUCUCUACGCCGUCGCCGUCGUCGCAUUCGCCGUCUUCAUGAUCUACCGAGUUGCGCCCUUCUAUGGCAAGAAGAAUGCGCUCAUCUAUCUCUCCAUCUGCUCGACCGUCGGCUCCAUCUCCGUCAUGUCCGCCAAGGCUUUUGGCAUUGCCCUCAAGCUGACUUUCGCGGGCAAUAACCAAUUUAGCCACCCUUCGACCUAUGUCUUUAUGAUUUUGACUGCACUUUGCAUUGUCACCCAGAUGAACUACUUUAACAAGGCCCUUGCUUGUUUCCCUAGCAAUAUCGUCAAUCCUCUUUACUAUGUCACUUUUACGACGGCCACUCUUUGCGCCUCCUUCAUCCUUUUCAGUGGAUUCAACACUACCGACCCCGUCAACACUGUCUCGCUGCUCUGCGGUUUCCUCGUCAUCUUUACCGGGGUAUACCUUCUCAAUCUCUCCAGAGGCGACCCCAGCGGCCAGAAGCUCGCCGGUACGCACAACGGCUACGACGCCACUCCCACCGACAUGGUUUCCAGCUUCCAGACUCGUCGCAGUAUGCAAGCUCGUCGCAGUGGAGAUCCUUCGCGCCACAGCAUUGGCAGCGCGCAUGGCGAUCGGGAGGGCCUAAUUCGUGCAUACGACGAGGAAGAGGCUGCCGGUUUCGGUUUGACCGAUCUAGCCGAGGAGAGCGACGAUGAGGGUAGCCAUCGGCCCAACGGACGCGCCAACGGACGCGUCAACGGACGAGCCAGUAGAAGCAAAGAGGAAGACACCAUCGAGCUUCAAAGCCGAAAGUCCUCUGGGCGGUAG